AUGAGUGGCAUGACUCACGACGACCCUGAAAACCCGCCUCUGCACCAAUCUCUGCACGUCCGAGCGAGGGAUGCGGCGGAACCAUCGGCGGGAAUCGCGGGGCCGCGCGGAGAAGAGCUGCAAGUGGCGAGACCAGUAGAAGGACCAGCGGCGCCGGGGCAAGAAGCGGAAUUUCCAGAGGCGGGGAAAGUGGGGGGAAGCGGAGGGGGAAGAUGGGGCCGCGCUGAGCUGUCAGCGGCGGAGAAUGGCGCAGCGCCCGCGGUAAGGGGCGCGAGCGGCGGAAGGGGAACGCGCGGCGGAAGGGGACCGGGUGGCGGAAGGAAGCGGCGGAAGCGGAUUGCAGUGGCGCGCACAGUCCUGGGAUGCGCGUGCGCGCUGCUGGCGCUUCUGGGGGUUGCGCUGAUGGCGCGGAGGGGGGAAGACGGCGGAAUUUCGGGCGCGUGGCUCGCAGCCGAACCUCUGCUGGUACACCCCUCUCUGGAGCCCUCCCCUCUGCUGCUGCGGGGCCUGGGGAUUGGAGGGGAGGAGGGAUGGGAGGGAUGGGAGGGGGUGAAGGAUGGGGAUGAGAAAUGGGAGGAGUGGGUGGAGAGGAGGGAUGGACCGUGGGAUUUUUCAAGAUAG